CAUGCGCAAAUGGAUGGCAGCCCAGAAUGCAUUGCGUCGGCAGACAAAGACAAGCAGCGAGCAGGGAGCGGCACGUUUACCAAGAUGGAGUCAGAGAGGGAACAAACGAACUAAAUGGCGGAUAAUGAGUCCGAUAGCGACGAAGAAGUCGAUAUUCUUUCAAGUGUGGACGAUCGAAGAAGGCCUGUGAUGUUUGGAGAACAUUUUACACACCAUUUUCCUCAAGCUUCGUCCUUUUCGCUUGGACAUAUCGGAAGCCUUCGUGGAAGUACGGCAGUUUCGUUCCCUGAUCAACAACACAACACGAGACAGGACAGUGACUCUGGUUCUGAAGGUUCAGACAGCAGUCAGUCGGAAUCUGAGUCUGACGAUGAUGGAAAUGAACAGCAUGAGAUGCAGCGCCAUCAGCCACCUCCAUUAUCACACUACCAUCCAGCAAGCCAGAUGUUGUCACCUGGACAACUGCAGCACACCUUUAACAACAAUCCAACCACCCCAACGCAAAAGAAGAAGUUUGAAGAAAGGUUUUGGGAAGAAGAUCCAGAAACUUAUGGAGUCAGAAGAUCAGGAAGAUCAAGAAAGGAACCAGAAAGAUUUACUGUAAUACAAGAGGGAUCAGGUAGUGAGGAUGGAGAGAGGAGUGAAGGAAUGCCUAGAAAGAGGAAAGUGAGGUCCUCAGGAAGACAGAACAGAAGGAUUUCAUCCACAAGUGAAGACUGGUCAGUGGCAGAUGGCAAUGGUAGUGAAAGUGAAAGUAGCGACAACUACACUCCUGAACAGGAGGUCAGGAACAGACCGAGACCUGUGCCACGCGCUAAUGCAAGGGUGCCGCCAGUUGUACCCAAACCUAAGGAUUUUGUUCCUCGCAAGAAAGCUCCUGCACCCUCGCCACAGAAAGUUCCCAGUAGGAUAAAGAAGUUAGAGAGUGAGGAAUCUGAAGAGGAUGACGACAAUGAUUAUGAUGAUGAUGAUGAUGAUGAAAACAGCAGGAACUCCGUCAGAAGAGCUGCAGUAACUAUUUCAAGUUAUAAAGAAGAGAGUGAAGAUGGAACUGAUUCUGAUGACGUGAUUGAACACGAUUAUGAUGCCGCAGGAGAAUAUGUUGAAGAUGACAGGGAGUGCAUUGAGAAAGUACUGUACAGCCGUCUAGGCAGACUAGGAGAGAUUGGAGCAAUAACUACAGUCUACGCACCGGAGUACGAGGAAAUGAAGAAACGAGGAGAGCCUGGGCCAGGUGAACCUAGUGAAGUACAGUUCUUGAUUAAGUGGAAGGGCUGGUCACAUUUACAUAACACAUGGGAAACAGAAAAAAGCCUUACAGAUCAGAAUGUGAAGGGAAUGAAAAAACUGAGCAACUUAAUCAAGAGGGAGCAGGAUAUUGCAGCCUGGAAAAAGUUUGCUCUUCCAGAAGACAUUGAGUAUUUCAACAUUCAGUUACAAAUGAACUAUGAUCUCUUUGAUGAAUACAGAGAAGUUGAGAGAAUAACAGCUCAUACCAUGGUGAAAAAUCUCGACGAGAAAGGAAAUGUUGUGAAUCAAGUAGACUACCUAUGCAAAUGGCAGGGCUUACCAUAUGGCGAGAGCACAUGGGAAGACGGAGGACUAAUUUCCAGAUUUCAUCAACAGAAGGUUGAUGCUUAUCUCAACCGACAGCGAUCCGAAAAAAUCCCCAUUAAGAGUGCAAAAGUGCAUCGUCAGAGACCAAAGUUUGUUCCUAUAAAAAGACAGCCAUCCUUCCUUGGAAAUGAUGAACUUAUGCUAAGAGAUUAUCAACUUGAUGGGUUAAAUUGGCUUGUUAAUUCUUGGUGCAAAGGUCACUCGGUGAUUUUGGCAGAUGAAAUGGGUCUUGGUAAAACAAUUCAAGUUAUUUCCUUUCUAUCAUAUUUGUAUAAUGCUCAAUCCCUUUAUGGACCUUUCUUGUUGGUUGUGCCGUUGUCGACAAUGGCUGCUUGGCAGAGGGAAUUUGGCUUAUGGGCUGCAGAAAUGAAUGUGGUGGUUUAUUUAGGAGAUGUAACAAGUAGAAAUAAGAUCCGUGAAUAUGAAUGGUACCGUGCUAACAGCAAGUCAAUAAAAUUCAAUGCUCUUUUGACAACUUAUGAAAUCUUAUUAAAAGACAAGCAAACCUUAGGAACUGUUAAUUGGUGUUGUCUUGUUGUGGAUGAAGCUCACAGACUGAAGAAUGACGAUUCCCUGUUGUACAAAGCUCUCAUGGAAUUCAAUACCAAUCACAGAGUGCUAAUAACUGGCACUCCACUGCAGAACUCUCUUAAAGAACUCUGGGCAUUACUACAGUUCAUCAUGCCCAACAGGUUUUAUUCCUGGGAUGAGUUUGAGAGGAUGCAUGCCACUCAAGAGGAAAAAGAUAAAGGAUUUUCAACUCUUCAUAAAGAGCUGGAACCUUUCCUUUUAAGAAGAGUCAAGAAAGAUGUGGAGAAGUCCUUGCCAGCCAAGGUGGAACAGAUUUUGAGAGUGGAAAUGUCAUCAAUUCAGAAACAGUAUUAUAGGUGGAUCCUCACAAAAAACUUUGCAGCUUUAAACAAAGGUUUAAAAGGAAAUGCAAACAGCUUUUUAAACAUUGUGAUGGAGCUGAAGAAAUGUUGUAAUCAUGCUCAGCUGAUCAGGCCUGAUAAUUAUCAAACAACCACCGACCCUUUGCAGAACCUUAUCAGAGGUAGUGGCAAGCUAUUUUUGCUUGACAAGCUGCUGUGCAGGUUGAAGGAGACAGGCCACAGGGUCCUUAUCUUCUCGCAGAUGGUGCGUAUGCUGGACAUCUUAGCGGAGUAUCUUCAACAACGCCGUUUCCUCUUUCAGAGACUGGAUGGCUCCAUAAGAGGAGACUUGAGAAAGCAGGCUUUAGACCACUUUAAUGCUGAAGGGUCCGAGGAUUUCUGUUUCCUGUUGUCCACUCGUGCUGGGGGCCUGGGUAUUAACCUGGCCACAGCUGACACUGUCAUCAUUUUUGACUCAGACUGGAACCCCCAGAAUGACUUGCAAGCACAGGCUCGUGCACACAGAAUAGGACAGAGAAAUCAGGUCAGUAACUGGUUGGUAGUCAUGAAAUUCAAUGCCUGCAAGGUAGAGGGAAGAAGCAUCUUGGUGAAAUCCAAACCCCUGAGUACACCAUUUAAUAAAGAGGAGCUUGCAGCUAUCUUGAAAUUUGGAGCAGAAGAACUCUUUAAGGAAGGAGAUGGAGAGGAUACUCAACUUCAGGAAAUGGAUAUUGACGACAUCCUCAGAGGAGCGGAAACCAGGGAUUCAGAUGACCACCCACACACUAUAGGGGAAGAGCUACUGUCACAGUUCAAGGUUGCUAGUAUUGCCAUGGAUGCUGAUGAAGAUGAGGUUGCUGUUGUGAAUCAAGAGAGCAAAACAACAGAUGAAGGCAAAAGCUGGGCAGACAUAAUUCCUGAAACUGAGAGAAAAAAGCUGGAGGAGGAGGAAGAGCAGAAAAAACAGCUUGAGAUGUAUUUGCCACCACGAAACCGAAAAACUGUCAAAAAGAUGAAUUACGGCAAACCCAAUCACAGUGACAGUGAACAUGAGGAGAACUACAGGAAGAAAACAAGUCGAAAGAAAAAAUCUGAAUCGGAGAGUGACGACGAUUCUGGCGGGGAAGGCAAAGAAACAAAGAGAAAGCGAGGAAGGCCUCGGACCAUAAAGAGGGAAGAUGUUGAAGGCUUCAAUGACGCUGAAAUAAGAAGGUUUGUGAAAAGUUACAAGAAGUUUGGUAGACCAAGAACAAGACUUGACGCAAUCGCCGCUGAUGCUGAGCUGGAGGACAGACCCCAAGAAGAUCUGAGCAGACUGGCAGAUAUUCUGCACAAUGGCUGUGUGAGAGCGGUGGCUGAAUAUGAAGAAAAGCUCAAAGAAGAUCCCAACUUUGAUGGUAAAAAGCGUGGAGCCACUGUGCGACUCAGCAAUGUGACAGUCAAUGCGCCAUCAGUGUUGAAACAUGAAGAAGAACUUGAAUCACUGGCUGCCCUCAUGCCAGCGGACUAUGACGCCAGGAGAAAAUUCCGUCUGACAGCACCUGCCAAAAGUGUCCACUGGGGGGUCCCGUGGGAUGUUCCAGAUGAUUCAAUGUUACUCGUCGGCAUAUUUGAGUACGGAUUAGGAAGCUGGGAGGCAAUCAAAGCUGAUCAGAGCUUGGAAUUGUCAUCUAAGAUCCUCCCUCCUGGAACUUUGAAGCCGCAGGACAAACAUCUGCAGACAAGAGUGGAAUACUUGAUCAAAAUCCUGAAGCAAGCUGCUAUAGAAGACAAGGCAGAACAGCUUAGAAAGUCAUCACAAAUGCUCAAGUCAAAAAUUCGCCAACUUAAACAGAAAGAAACAAAGAAAGUUAAACAGCAUUCAGAUGAAUCGCUGAAUAAUAGCGCUGCGCCAUCGCCGAUGGAGGUGUUGUCCCCCCCUGAUGGAGUAGAGAAUAAAGAAGAUGGAGUCGCUCUUGAGGUGACUCAGGAGGGGCAGCAGGCAACAGAAGGGAAAAAGAAGAGAAAGGUUUCGAAAAAGAAGGAGGAUACCAAAGAUGAAGGAGAAAAGCCAAAGAGACCCAAGAAAGAGAAGAAGGAAGUUUCCAAAGAGAAGAAACAGGAACCAAAAGAAACCAUAGUUCCUGAAGAACCCUCUUCUCCUCAGAUUGAAGAAGAGAGUAAAACAGUCAAGGAAGAUCCCAAACCCAAGGGGUCUUAUGCCUUGGCCGAUAUGGAGAAGGCAACAUUUGAUGCGUGCAAGGAAAAGAUGCGCCCAGUGAAACGAGCGCUGAAAAUGCUCGAGAAUCCCGAAGAGAACACCAGUGAAAAGGAUCAAGUAACACAAACAAAACAGUGCUUGCUUAAAAUUGGAGAUCACAUCAUGGAAAUUACGUCUCAUUACAAAGACGCUGAUGUUAUUGCAGAUUGGAGAAACAAUCUUUGGACGUUUGUUUCAAAAUUCACGUCAUUUGAAGCUAAGAAACUCUUCAAGGUUUACAAGCACGCCGUGAAGAAAAGAGAGGAAUCAAAAUUACAAGAGCGUUCCCAGCACAAGCCGGCUCCUCAUUCACAGCGGCCACCUCAAGAUUCUUCAGGAGGGCCCCUCUCCAAAAAGCAUCCAGGCGAUCAUGCGCCUCAGCGGUCCAGCGAGCUGAAAAGACCAGCUGACGGCGUCGGCUCUUCUCACGUAGGGCCUGGGGGAAAGAUAGCCCGGAUGGACCGUACACACUCAGGGUCAAGUUCCCACAGUGGGGCACGGCAUUCUGGGAGCGGGGAUGGAUACGAUCCCCGUAGGUCCUCGUUCAGCCACUCGGAAAGAACUGGUGGAUCAAACAAGGACAGAUCACGUGACGGACACGACCACAGUCACAGAUACCACGAUUCACACCGCGACAGGCCUUCGUAUCACUCCUCCGACUACUCCCGAACACACGACAGAUCCUCGGAUCACAGUCGCUCCCAUGACCAACACUCGCGAUCUUCCUACGAGAGGAGCUCGGAUCACCACUCCCGAUCUUUCGAGAAAGGUCGAGACCGGAGAGACGACCAUCACCGAAGUAGCGCUCGGGAUUAUUCGUCUGAAAGUCGGUACCAUUCGCACCGCGAUCGGAACAGCGAUUCAACGUCUCGUCAUGCAAAUCCGUCGAGUUCGCCCAAGUCCGGCGUUGUACACGAUAGCAAAAGACAUGGAGAAGAGAAACGAGGCCUUGAGACUGACCGGGAGAAAAGAUGACAGCUUCUGAUUUCAAAUUAUUUUACUGAACUUCAGAGUAGAUUUUUUAGCACAUUCUUGAUACAAAGCGUCAAAAUUCAAACCCAGUACGCGGUCGAGAUAUUUCAGUGUUAAGUUGAUUAUUUAUUUUCUAAAAUAAAAUUGGUUGUAUUUGUUCGUAGACUAUCGGGUGUAUGUAUGUAAUAUAUUUUCAUGAAAAUGCUAACCUAGGAGUGUUUCGUAGAACUGACCCUUCCUGUUAAAAACUUUUGAUUUGUUUACUUCAAAAGCAGAAGUACAGUUUGAAGAUUGUUUGUCUCGUUCACUGCUAUGCAAGCAUAGAACGUGAGUUUUGUUGUGGAAGUUUUGUAAUGUAAGGUAGAUUCGUAUUUUUAUCCUAUUUUGCAUCCGUGUGUAAAAUAUAAAUUCCAAAUGUAUGUAGCUGUACAGUUUUGAUGACAAAACGCCAACUUGAGAGGAAAUAAAAUGCGGGUUGUUUUCUA